AUGCAACCCCGGCCACGCAAGCGCACUUUUGCGCGCCCGCCUGUGUUGGGCGGGGCGUUUGCCCCCGCGAAGGAGUUUAACGCCAUUUUCCGCAUUCAGAAAAUACGUCAAACACUCUGUGGCGUUGUCGCUUCACGGAAUGCCUCGUCUCAGCGGGCCUCGUCUGAGCAGGCCUCAACACCACGGGAGGAGAUGCCGUACGACGUGUGGGGGCCGGGUCUGGAAGGGGCGGUGGCGCCGCCGCCCAGGCCUCAAGGCUCCGCCGCUGGCCGGUUUUUGCUUUCGUCGCAGCGCCGUGUGGAGGAGCUCACGCAGGAGAACCACCGACUGGAGCUGCUCUGCAUUACGCAGGAGGAAACCAUGAAGCAACUUCGCGAGGCACUUGCGCCUGGCGAAGGCAGCAGGCGGAGGGUGUCGCAGACACAUCGGUGA